CCCCGCGGGGCCGCGCUGCGCCCCAACGGGCAGACCAAGUCGCUGGUGCCGCAGCGGCUGGCGCUGGAGUACAUCGUGCCCUGCAUGAACAAGCACGGCAUCUGCGUGGUGGACGACUUCCUCGGCAAGGAGCUGGGCGGGCUGGUGGCCGAGGAGGUCCGGGCCCUCCACCACACCGGCCGCUUCACCGACGGGCAGCUCGUCAGCCAGAAGAGCGACUCCUCCAAGGACAUUCGCGGCGACAAGAUCACCUGGGUGGAGGGCAAGGAGCCGGGCUGCCAGACCAUCCGGCUCCUCAUGAACAGCAUGGACGAUCUCAUCCGGCACUGCAACGGAAAGCUGGGCAACUACAAAAUCAACGGCAGGACGAAAGUGAGUGGAGGGAAGGAGGGAGGGAGCUGGGACCCCCGGCCUCCCCCCGCUCCUGCAGCCGGGGGGUUGUGGCGGGGGGCGGGAGCGGGGCGGCGGAGCCGGCGCUUCCCCGGUGGCAGAGCACUGGAACGGGCUGCCCAGGAGCCGGCCGCGGCCCAGUCCCCGUCGCCCUCCGGGGAGGCAGUGCUGCUGUACCGGGACAAGUCGAACCUGUACCCGGGCGGCGUGCAGGCGGGGCCCGGCGGGGCCGCGCUGCGCCCCAACGGGCAGACCAAGUCGCUGGUGCCGCAGCGGCUGGCGCUGGAGUACAUCGUGCCCUGCAUGAACAAGCACGGCAUCUGCGUGGUGGACGACUUCCUCGGCAAGGAGCUGGGCGGGCUGGUGGCCGAGGAGGUCCGGGCCCUCCACCACACCGGCCGCUUCACCGACGGGCAGCUCGUCAGCCAGAAGAGCGACUCCUCCAAGGACAUUCGCGGCGACAAGAUCACCUGGGUGGAGGGCAAGGAGCCGGGCUGCCAGACCAUCCGGCUCCUCAUGAACAGCAUGGACGAUCUCAUCCGGCACUGCAACGGAAAGCUGGGCAACUACAAAAUCAACGGCAGGACGAAAGCUAUGGUGGCUUGUUAUCCAGGCAACGGAACAGGAUAUGUACGCCACGUUGAUAAUCCAAAUGGAGAUGGAAGAUGUGUUACAUGUAUAUAUUAUCUUAAUAAAGACUGGGAUGCCAAGGUAAGUGGAGGCAUCCUUCGGAUAUUUCCAGAAGGUAAAGCCCAAUUUGCUGAUAUUGAACCCAAAUUUGAUAGACUGCUAUUCUUCUGGUCUGAUCGCCGCAACCCUCAUGAAGUACAGCCAGCAUUUGCUACAAGGUACGCAAUAACAGUGUGGUAUUUUGAUGCAGAUGAAAGAGCACGAGCUAAAGUAAAAUAUCUAACAGGUGAAAAAGGUGUGAGGGUUGAACUUAAUAAACCUUCUGACUCAGUUGGGAAAGAUGUUUUAUAAGCCUUUGAUUUAGCAACUCCUCUUGCUAUUCUCCCUGAUAAAUCUUGAUACUAUCUAUUAACUUUUGAAUGUGAAUAACAAGAUAAAGGAAAAUCAACAACAAACCAACAUCUUAAUACGGAAGCAAACAGUGUUUCAAUGUUGCGUCAAAAAGAAGGUUCUUUGACUGCUGAAGCAUUGUACUAUAUGAUUGUGACUCCAGCCUGUGACUGCUUAUGUGAAGAAGAUAAGCAAUCAGUAAGAAA